AUGAGUUCUAAUACGGGAGACCAGUUUGCCAAUCUGGGAAAGGCACUGUCUACCACGGCGUCUGUUCUAUUCUCGUCGCAGCCGAUGGAAGACACAAUUCUUUCAUACAGUAGUCCAUAUAAGAAAUUGCUUCAUGAGACAAUUACUAAUGCAGGUGGGGGAUCAUCACUAGUUAAAGUACGCCACGACGUGAAAUUAUCUAAAGGCAAGAAUACAGGUUUCCAAGAUAUAUAUUCCAAUAGCAAAGAGUUCUUUAAAAACUCUUAUAGUGAUCCAAAAACAACAUUCAAAGUUUUAAGUUACUUGAGUGAUGAUCUACUUGAAGACGCCCCACGAGACACUAUACCUCAGAACAAGAACAUGAUAACAGAAAAUGGCGAGAAAAGAUCUGCAAAGUCAAAAAAGCAAGAACCGACGUUAUUUCAAGGAUUUGAAGCAUCUUUACCUGUUAUUAAUGAAACGAUAGAACUACAGCAAAAACUUAUAAUGAAUAGCGAUAUGAAACCCUUAACAGACUCUGAGUCCAUCCCAGUUUACGCUGAAGAAGAAGAACAAGAGGAAGAGUUUAGUUUGCCAGACCAUUUAAAAGCUGAUAAACUUCUGCAUUCUUACUCCGCAUCCUUCUUGAAGGAUGCCUCGAGGUCAAUCACCGAUAACCUGGAUUUACUUGAAAUCCAGAAAAAUCUAGCAGCUAGCGAAAUAAGAGAGCUAGAUAUCAAGCUGGAAAAGUUAAAAAUGAUGCGUGAACUAGUAUUCAAGCGAGUGGCUAAAAUUGAGCAGCAUGAAUUGUUUUUGGAGAAGCAUUUGAACAACGUUAAGGAUAGAAUCGAUAUGAUUAUAGAGUACAACAUGGAUAAAGAAUACUCAUCGGAGGAUGAAGAAAAUAUAAAUGGAUUAUCUGAACUUUCGCCUAAAACUGGAGAAACUAACGAAACAUAUGAAACUGCGGCUACCACUCCUUUAGAAAACAAAGAAGAAGAGCACUCUCCAUUGCUUUCCAAAUCCAUCUAUCAGCAGCUACAAGACCACGAGAAGAAAUCGGAUAUUUCCGAAAGGAAGAAACAUAGUACUUCCAAAAAAAUUAAAGAUGUUGGUGUUUCUCACCGUAAUCGCCGCCGUAAAACUUAUCCAACUUUACAACAGUUCUAUGAUUCCGGAUCUAAGAUUACAAGCCUUCCUAAGGCCCAUGAUGAAGAUAUCACUUGCCUAGAUUUUGAUAUGCCAUUUGGUACUAUGUGCUCUGCUGGCAGUCUAGAUCACUCGGUAAAAGUAUGGGAUUUAAGUAAAAAAAAACAAAUUGCUACAUUGCAUGGACACUUAGCAUCUAUCAGUUGCAUGCAAAUUGAUCAAUAUAGCACCCUGAUUACUGGUGGUCGGGACGCAGUUCUGAAAUUGUGGGAUAUCGAUAAGGCCAUGGCUGAUGAAGCGUCAAAUUCAUCUGAAGAUAAUGAUGCAUGUUUAUAUACCUUUGAUUCUCAUGUUGAUGAAAUCACCGCAAUAAGUUUUGACGGUGACAAUUUGGUUUCUGGUUCUCAGGAUAGGACAGUACGUCAAUGGGAUCUGAAUAGUGGUAAGUGCACCCAAACCAUAGAUAUAUCUUUCGCAACUGGCCCUAUGCGGUCUCAAAGAAACAUCCCUCUUCGUAAUAGUGUACUUCUAACCAAGGAACCGCCGGCUAUUGGAGCUUUACAAUGCUUCGAUGCUGCCUUGGCGACAGGUACUAAAGAUGGUAUCGUAAGGCUUUGGGAUUUAAGAUCCGGGAAAGUAGUACGUAUGUUAGAAGGUCAUACUGACGCCAUCACCUCCCUUCAGUUCGACUCGGUCAAUCUAGUUACAGGUGCAAUGGACAGAAGUAUAAGAAUAUGGGACUUAAGAACUGGUAUACUUUCUGACGUAUUUGCAUAUGAGCAACCGAUCACUUCUCUACAUUUCGAUCUGGAUAAGAUUGUAAUUUCAAACAAUGAGCCUACUGUGAAAAUUUACAACAGGAAAGACGGUAACCACUGGUUCUGCGGCGAAGAUGAUCCUGAACAAGGUAACGUGGAUUUUGUUAGAUACAAACACGGAUAUUUGGUAGAAGGGCGCUCGAAUGGUGACAUCAACACCUGGGCAAUUUAG